AUGGUUUCAUGGAAUGUUAGAGGUUUGAAUGACUCCCAGAAACGUUUGGUAGUGAGAAACUUGUUACGUGAGUGGCAGUGUGAUGUUGUAUGCCUUCAAGAAACAAAGCUUGCCGGGAUAGAUAGACAGCUGGUUUGCAGCAUAUGGGGUUGUUUGUAUGUGGAUUGGGUGGCUCUAGAUGCUGAUCAAAUGGCUGGUGGGGUCUUGAUUAUGUGGGAUAAGAGGGUUUUAGAAAAGUUGGAGGUUUUGGUGGGCUCGCUUUCGGAGUCGGUUCAAUGGAAAGGUGUGGAGGACGGUUUUAUUUGGGCAUGUUCAGGGGUGUAUGGCCCGAACGAUAACAAUUUGAGGGGUGAUUUAUGGGAUGAGUUGGUUGGUAUUCAGCAGUAUUGGAAUGUUCCUUGGUGUUGUUUUGGGGAUUUUAAUAUUGUUCGUUUUUCUAGUGAACGGAGGGGUGGGUCUAGGCUUACUCCAGCUAUGGAAAAAAUUUCUAAAUUUAUUGAAGAUUUAAACUUGAUAGAUUUGCCGUUGGAGGGAGGGAGUUUUACAUGGUCUAGUGGUACUGACCAGCCAUCCAUGUCUAGGAUUGAUAGGGCUCCGGUGUCACAGGACUGGGAGCAACACUUUUUGGAUAUGAUCCAACAGAUUCUACCACGACCUGUUUCAGAUCAUUUCCCAAUUCUUUUGGAGGCAGGGGGUGUGGCGAGGGGGAAAAGUCUCUUUCGGUUUGAGAAUAUGUGGUUGAAAACGAACGGGUUUGUUGAUAGAGUAGAUUCAUGGUGGAAUCGCCAUUCUUUUUCGGGUACUCCUAGUUAUGUGUUUACUAAAAAAUUGAAAGAAGACAUUAUUCAGUGGAAUCGCCAAGAGUUUGGCAAUGUUGGAUGCAGGAAGAAAGAAUUAUUGGGGGCUCUAGAGUUACUAGAUGCUAAGGAAGGGGUUCUUGGACUCACUAAGACGGAGAGAAAUAAGAAGAUUGAAGUGAGAUCGCAAGUAGAGCAUCUUCUUUUUGUAGAGGAGAUUUCUUAG